GCCAUGUUGACGUCGUUGUUACCCCGAAGCGAUUUGUGGAAGGGGCAUAUCAUCAUGGAAAGGACUCGCUGACCCUGGUGAAGCUUACAUUUUAAAGCAGCAGAAAGGCAUCCUGAGACCAUGUUGGCCCGGCUGUUCAGGCUCCACGGCCUACUGGUGGCCUCCCAUCCAUGGGAGGUUAUAGUGGGCACCAUCGCUCUAACCGUCUGCCUCGUGUCUAUGAACAACUUGACAUCCAGCAGCCAGAUAUGCAGAUGGAAUGACUGCCCCAAAGUGGAAGAGGAAAUCCACAGCAGUGACAUAAUCAUCCUAACUAUCACACGCUGCAUGGCCAUCGUUUAUAUCUAUUUCCAGUUGAAGAAUCUGCGACAACUAGGCUCCAAAUAUAUACUGGGCAUUGCAGGGUUGUUCACAGUGUUCUCCAGCUUUAUUUUCAGUACGGUGGUCAUCCACUUCUUUGGGAAAGAGCUGACGGGUCUUAAUGAAGCCUUGCCGUUCUUUCUCCUGCUCAUUGACCUGUCCAAAGCCUGCACAUUGGCCAAAUUUGCCCUCAGCUCAAACUCUCAGGAGGAGGUUAGGGAGAACAUCUCUCAGGGCAUGGCCAUCCUGGGCCCCACCUUCACCCUGGAUGCUCUGGUAGAGUGUCUGGUCAUUGGGAUUGGCACCAUGUCAGGUGUGCCUCAAUUAGAGAUCAUGUGUUGUUUUGGCUGUAUGUCUGUCCUGGCCAAUUACUUUGUCUUCAUGACCUUCUUCCCUGCGUGUGUCUCCCUGGUCUUGGAGCUGUCCAGGGAAAGUCGUGAGGGACGUCCGAUCUGGCAACUGAGCCACUUUGCUUCUGUGCUGGCUGAAGAAGAGGACAACAAGCCCAAUCCUGUGACACAAAGGGUCAAAAUCAUCAUGUCUCUGAGCCUGGCUUUGGUUCAUGCUCAUACUCGGCUAGCAGCUGAGCAUCCAGGUCAGAACAGCUCUCUGGAGGGACCCAUAGCUACCAGACUGGACUCUGGUGACACAUUAUGGCCUCCUAAGCUCAACAGUAUGGACCUGGAGCAGGUGAUAACUCUCGGCCUCGCCCUGCUCCUGGCUGUGAAGUACGUUUUCUUUGAGCAAGCAGAGACAGAGUCUUCCCUGUCCCUCAUGAGUCCAAGUAUCAGCUGUCCUCCGACCCAGAAACCCAGGGUGGCAGAGGACUGCUGCAGGAGGGACUACCCAAACACAAAACCUCAGACGACCAUGAACGGUACCUUAGCAACCAACCCUGCCUUGCCUGCCGUGUCAGACGCUGACACAGCGUUCAGGGAGAAAGAGGCUACUCAGCCGGCUGUGGUCCCAGUGGAGAACGGCCCCUGCGUUUCAUGCUUUGGGGAGUCUCCUGCUCCGACACCUUGUGUUCCUCAAAGCAGCUGUAAUUCAGAGGCCCGGACGCUGGAGGAAUGUAUGAGUAUCCUCUCAGAUCCACAGAAGGGUGCCCGUUUUCUGAGCGAUGAAGAGGUGAUGAACCUGGUGACCUCUCGAAACAUCCUGAACUAUAAACUGGAAUCUGUCCUGGAGACUCCAGAGAGGGGCGUGGCCAUCAGGAGGGAAAUGCUUUCAUCCAAACUGCCUGUUCUCUCUGCUUUGACUUCUCUGCCUUAUAAGGACUACGACUAUUCUAAGGUGAUGGACACCUGCUGUGAGAACGUCAUUGGCUACAUGCCGGUGCCAGUGGGAGUGGCUGGUCCUCUUCUUUUGGACGAGAAGCAGUUUUACAUUCCCAUGGCGACCACAGAGGGCUGUCUGGUGGCCAGCACUAACAGAGGAUGCAGGGCGCUUUCUCUGAGCGGGGGUUGCCGCAGCAGCAUCCUGGCUGACAGUAUGACCCGGGCUCCUGUGGUGAGGCUGCCCUCAGCAUGCCGCGCCGCAGAGGUCAAAUUGUGGCUGGAGACCGCGGAUGGGUUCGCCCUGAUCAAAGAGGCGUUCGACCAGACCAGCAGGUUUGCUCGUCUGGAGAAGCUUCUGGUGAGCUUAGCAGGGAGAAACUUAUACAUUCGCUUCCAGUCUCAGACCGGUGACGCCAUGGGCAUGAACAUGCUCUCAAAGGGGACGGAGCAGGCUCUGCAAAUACUCCAGCUGCAGUAUCCAGAUGUGGAUGUGCUGUCGAUCAGUGGCAACUUUUGCACUGACAAGAAAUCUGCUGCCAUUAACUGGAUCCUGGGUCGGGGAAAGUCUGCUGUGUGUGACGCCACCAUACCAGCCAAGGUGGUCAGGGAGGUGUUGAAAACCAGCACAGCCUCUCUGGUGGAGCUGAACAUCAACAAGAACUUGGUGGGCUCGGCCAUGGCGGGCAGCAUCGGGGGCUUCAAUGCUCAUGCUGCCAACAUCGUAGCUGCCAUCUACAUCGCCUGUGGACAGGACCCGGCUCAGACCGUGGGGAGCUCCAACUGCAUCACCCAGAUGGAGGGGGCCGGCCCGGAGAGGGAGGACCUGUACAUCAGCUGCACCAUGCCCUCCAUAGAGCUGGGCACUGUAGGGGGGGGCACCAACCUGGCCCCCCAGCAGGCCUGCCUCCAGAUGCUCGGUGUCCAGGGGACCAGCUCCAGCCGGCCCGGGGAUAACGCCCGUCAGCUGGCCCGCGUGGUCUGUGCCACGGUCCUGGCCGGGGAGCUGUCUCUGAUGGCCGCUCUCGCUGCUGGACACCUCGUCAAGAGCCACAUGGCCCACAACAGAUCUAAAACAAACCUCUCAGAAACGCCUUCAUCAGCAUCCGAGAAAGCUGUGUGACAAAGAAUUCAGAGAAAGCUGCGUGACAAAGAAUUCAGAGGGUCCCUCUUUAUUCAUAUUGAAGGAGCGCUCCAGCCAACAGAGGGAAGCGUCACGGUGAAAACUGAGAGACAACAUAGAAUUGUCUCCUAAUGACGUGACUCUGAAAGGAGUGGACCUAAAGACUAAAAGAGUGUCGCACCACUGUGUGCAUAAAGACUUUUUCAGGUCCGGUAUUAUGUUGAGGUUAUUUAUUUGUGCCAUGUGUCUGCAACUGAGCAUUGCAGAAGUGUGUGUGUGUGUGUUGUCACUGAUCUUUAAGAAAAUAGUGAAUUAUUGAAUGGCUUUGAAUUGCUGCCCAAUUGAUUGAACGCUUUCUGUGCCUCUUUAGAGUCUUAAGGCCGAAUUCAUUCAUACAAUGACGGAACUUGCACCUUGAUUCUUUUAUUUGAAAUGCAGAAUGUGAGAUCUUCAAACUGCUAUACCAUGUUUUGGUCUUUGCACUAGCCAAAGGUUUGCGUGAGAUGAUGCUAUUACCGCCAUCUGUUAAAUGCCAACUUUUCCCCUGAAUGUAUGUGUUACUAAAGCAGUGUUCUCUUGCACAACCCUUACGGAUUCAGGCUGCUGCUGCUGCUGUGUAUUCUGUGGAAUGAAAAUGGCUGCUAGUUCCAGAGAGGAAAAAGCUAACAUGGUUUUUCGUGAAAGUGGAAAAAUGAUACAGGCAUUGUUUCUUUGUGUUCAGACGAAAAGGAUGACUGGAAAGAUUAAAGCCAUAUUAACUAAUAUAAUGGUACACUAUUACGUACAGAAGGUUAUACUGACAGUGACUGCAGCUCCUUGUUUUGUCCUGUUUGGAAAGCAAGUGCAAAUGUGGCCUUACAGUUUGUCUCUGAGAAGCCAUGGCAUGUUCUAGAUAGAAUAUUCUAAGCUAUUAAUUUUUUGUAUUUAAUAAAAAAUGAUUUACAUCAA